AUGAAAGAGCCAUUGAUGCGAAGCGACCGCCUGGGUGAUGGGGCCUAUCAACUCAGUUGGCAUCCUUCAUGCCCAGGAACUGUUGCAGUGGCUGCCAUGAGAUGUGGCUUUCCCAUUUUUCGCGUGGAGGACAGUAUGCACAUGCUGGGUGGGUAUUGUCAAGGUGCUGAGGAAGGAUCUCAUGGCUCAUUGGGGUAUGGGAUUUCUUGGCAGUUUGGCCAGGGUGGCCGGGUGGCCUCCGCCUCGUUCUACGACAACAGCAUACACAUUUGGAGGGCGGUCCAGUCGGCAGAGUCUGCAGAAUUUGUGGAGAAAAGUGAGUGA